AUGACGACCGAACAAGGCUUCGCGAUCCGUCGCAACGGCUCCUGUCUCUCCGGCUUCGAGAUCGACUGCGGCCAGACUCUGGCUCCCUUUCACGGAUGCUGUCCCAUCGGGUUCGAAUGCCCCCCACAGUACAACGUCGCCUGCUGCCCACCCACGACCAAUUGCACGGAGGCGCUCCUGCCCGAGCCCAAAUGCUCAAACUCGACGUGGGACCUCUUCGACAACCGCGGCUACUUUUGCUGCGAGCAUGGCUUGCCUGGAUACGACAACCAGGGGACGGAUGGCUGCGCAUCACCGGGGUAUCAGUUCGAGGGAGGCGAGGCGAUUCUGUCUACGGUACAGGCUGGCCAAGUCUCUACUCCCUCGUCGAACACAUCCACCGCAUCGGUGACUUCGAGUACGGCCUCCUCAGCUACGGCAUCGGCUACGAAUGCAUCGCCGACAGAUAGCUCAUCGACACCUGUGGGCGCAAUCGCUGGUGGCGUGUUGGGUGGAAUAGCUGCGAUAGCGAUACUGGCCCUUCUGGCUUGGUACAUCCUGCGGCACAAACGGCAGAGGAAACCGCAGGCGAGCCCGUACGUUCCAGCAGAGACGCACGGAAUGGCCAUGAAGCACGAGUUGGACGAGAAUCAGGCGGUAAACGAAGCGGAUGGGGGAGCCGCAAAGUACGCGCAUGCUAGGGAGCUGCCAGCCCAUCAGCCUCCAGCCGAACUACCAACGCAUGGCGCUCGGCCUUGA